AUGUCUAGCAUGGAAUUUGCCCAUCUAAAGACCAUAUCACUUUCAAGAUUAGCGAGUCGCGACCCCGAUACUAUUGCCCUUUUAUAUGAAGCAGUAGUCAACGAGGGCGUCUUCUAUCUGGAGCCCUAUCAUGGUUGGGAGGACCAACCAGCCCUUCAAGCUGCUGAUGUAGCUUACUGUCUGUCGCUUGCAAAGGACCUCUUCUCUCUACCUACCUCAGAGCUGCUUUUACAUGAUUUUCAUGCCUUUGGCCAACACAGGUUGGACGGGUACAAGCCUGUGGGUAGAAAUGCAGGCAAAAACUCCGCAGAUGGCUUCGAAGCCUUUCUGCUGUCGCGCAAUUCUCUUUGCGAAUCUCCGCAGACAAUGCAGAAGCUCCAGUAUCCAGAGCCCAUCGAAACCCGCCGUUUGCGCGUGCAGUCAGUAAUGGAAGCACUGCACUUGACUGGACAGAUCGUUCUCGGAGCAAUCAGUGCGGCAUUGAAUAUGCCUCCAGAGACGGACCUUUGCCUGCGACAUCGCAUAGGACAGCAGUCAACAAGUACCUUUGGCAUGCUGCACUACCCCAAACUAUCUGCGAAUGAUGCCGCAAACGCCGGUCGAAUAGCGCAUACGGACGAGGGCACCUUGACCAUAUUAUUUGCCUCAGACUAUGGACUGCAGAUCCAAAAUCCCUCGACACGACGCUGGGAGUUUGUGGAGCCCAGGACCGAGCAUGCAGUCAUCAAUGUAGGCGAUACACUACGAUUCAUGUCUGAAAAGCGUCUCAAGGCAUGCCUACACAGGGUGGUUCCAUUGCCUGGAAAGACGAUUCUGGAGCGGUAUUCGUUGGCGUACUUUAUGAGACCAGAGUAUGAUGCCCCCUUCACAGACUCUGCCGGGCGCAUGAGGGCAAGUAUCGACUGGCACGUCCAAAAGUACUUUCGCUCCACAGGCACCGUGCAUGGUGGUAAAAAAUCCUCAAAUUCUCUGCCUAGAAUACCUGGAUAUUCGAUGCGGUGCCUCUCAGCGAAUACGACCUCUUGA